GCCCUUCCGUCACCUCGUUCUUCUAGCGAAGCAAAAGCAGCCGAAUCGUCUCGUCUCGCCUCUUCAGUUCUCUUCUCUUCUCCCCUCCCCGCAGCCCGGUUUCCCGACCAGGUUCCAGAGAAGCCAACCCAACCCCCCGUCCGGUUCGCGCGAUGGCGGAGGAGCAGCCCAACCCCCAGCCGCAGCAAGCGGAGGAGAGCGAGGUUGUUGUGGAGCAGCAGCCGAGGAGGGCCCCGAAGCUGAGGUACCUGGACUUCGUCCAGGUGGCGGCGGCGCAGGCCGUGGUGUGCCUCGCGGGGCUCUACGGCCUCGCCAAGGACCACGCCGGCCCGCUCCGCCCCGGCGUCGACGCCGUCGAGUCCACCGUCAAGGGCGUCGCCGGCCCCGUCUACGCUCGCUUCGGCGGCCUGCCCCUCGACGUCCUCGCCUUCGUCGACCGCAAGGUGGACGACACGGUGCACGAGGUGGACAAGCACCUCCCGGGCGCGCUGAAGGCGGCGUCGGCGCGUGCCUACGCGGUGGCGCGGGGCGUGCCUGAGGUGGCGCGCGAGCUGGUGGCGGAGGCGCAGCAGUCGGGCGUGAAGGGCGCGGCGCGCGCGGCGCUCGCCAGGGCGGAGCCCGUGGCGAGGGACGUGUACGGCCGCGUGGAGCCCGUGGCGAGGGACCUGUACGUGCGGUACGAGCCCGCGGCGGAGCACCUGGCCGUCUCCGCCUGGCGCUCUCUCAACGGCCUGCCGGUGUUCCCGCACGUCGCGCAGAUCGUCGUGCCCACCGCCGCGCACUGGGCCGAGAAGUACAACAGGGCGGUCGUCGCCGCGGCCGAGCGGGGCUACGCCGGAGCCAAGUACCUCCCCGCCAUCCCCACUGAGCGCAUCGCCAAGGUGUUCUCGUCGCCGGAUGCCGAGCCGCUGGCCGCCGAGUCCCAGUAGUGUUUGUCAGUUUGUGUGUGCGCUCGUCGUGACGGCAGGCAGGGCAGUGCGUCGUUUACCCUGAUGAUGAUGAUGAUGAUGAUGAGUGGUGAACUCUGGAUUGCCCUCGAACUGCAGAACUGAAUAAGAAAGGGGAAAUCCGGGGGCUAAAGAUGGUGGUACUGGUAUUGUGGUGGUGUUGUACUAGAUGCGUGAUGGGGAGCGAUUUGUCAUGGACCGUGAUCAUCAUGAUGAUGAUGAUGCUAUGUUCCACUAGCGCUCUGCUUUGCGCUCUCCUCCUUGCUUUUUUUUUAUAAAAGAAAGUCGUUCGAUGUCGCGAUCCCUGUUUAA